UGGGAUAAUCAGGAAGUUAAUUUAAAGACGACAGUGACACGCUCGUUUGUUUUGAUACCAGACUGUGGGGAGAGAGCAGAAAGUGUAGACGAGAUGCGAGAUUAACUUCUAAUAAAACUUCCCCUCAAGGACAGCGCGUUGUUAAUCUUCACCGCCAAAGGAAAAUGUACAGUUCUGUCCGAGUGUGGCUUCUCCUCCUGGUCCUUCACACACUUGCUCUCGCCGUUGUAGCAAGACGAGAGAGGAGAAAUGUGCUGUUCAUCAUAGCGGAUGAUUUGCGGACAUCACUGGGCUGCUACGGGGACACUGUGGCAAAAUCCCCUAACAUCGACCAGCUGGCAUCCAAAAGCCAAGUUUUUCUCAACGCAUAUGCACAGCAAGCUGUGUGUGCUCCCAGUCGUACGUCCUUGUUGACCAGUCGCAGACCGGACACAACCAGGCUCUACGACUUCAACUCCUACUGGAGGGUCCAUUCUGGAAACUACACCACCAUGCCGCAGUACUUUAAAUCUAAGGGAUACUUCACCAUGUCUGUGGGGAAGGUAUUCCAUCCAGGUAUUGCCUCUAACCACACUGAUGACUACCCUUACAGCUGGUCCAUCCCUGCCUACCACCCAGCUUCGUUUAGAUUUGAGAAAAAAAAGAUGUGUAAAGGAGAGGAUGGUGAACUCCAUGCCAACUUGCUGUGUGCAGUGAACGUGACGGAGCAGCCGGGGAGAACCCUCCCUGACCUGGAGAGCACAGAUGAGGCAGUCAGUUUACUGAAGAGUCGGGUCGGCAAUGACACUCCUUUUUUCUUGGCUGUGGGCUUUCACAAACCACACAUACCCUUCAGGAUACCACAGGAGUACCUGAGCUUAUAUCCCAUAGACCAGAUGGCUCUGGCCCCUGACCCCGACGUCCCUAAACUCCUUCCACCUGUGGCCUACAACCCCUGGUCUGACGUGAGGAGGAGGGAUGACGUCCAAAAACUUAAUAUUAGCUUCCCUUACGGACCCAUCCCCAAAGACUUCCAGCUGCGUAUCCGUCAGCACUAUUACGCUGCUGUGUCUUUUAUGGAUGCUCAAGUUGGGCGGCUGCUCAGUACUCUUGAUCAGCUGGGACUGGCUGACAGCACUAUGGUGGUAUUUACCUCAGAUCACGGAUGGUCGUUAGGAGAACACGGUGAAUGGGCUAAAUAUUCUAAUUUUGAUGUGGCAACACGCGUCCCACUCAUCUUCUAUGUUCCUGGCGUCACCCAUUACCAGCAGAAUUGGUUGGGAAUGUCUGCAUUUCCCUAUAUUGAUGCUCUCACCCAAUCGGAGCUCAGUUUUAAGAAUGACAAAGUAAUAAGAAACGUGGUGGAGCUGGUGGAUGUUUUUCCGACCGUCUCCUACCUGGCUGGUGGCACCGCACCUGAACCUUGUCCUGACGUUUCUUUCCAGGAGGAGCUGUGCACAGAAGGAAACAACUUGGCCCACACCUUCAGGCACCGAGAGAGAAGAGUGGAUGAGGAGGCUGUAUCUUUUAGCCAGUACCCUCGACCCGCUGAUACACCACAGGUGAACUCCGACCUCCCGGACCUUAAAGACAUAAAGGUGAUGGGAUACUCACUACGCUCCUGGGACUACAGAUACACUCUCUGGCUGGGAUUCAACCCUAAAACAUUUCAGGUGAAUGUGUCCGAUGUCCACGCUGGAGAGCUGUACAUGUUAGCAGGCGACCCCGGUCAGGACAACAACAUCUACAGCGACUCUGACCACAGUGUGGUCAUGACAAAGAUGGCCAGCCUGCCUCGCACGGUGAGUCUGCAGAUGAGAAUGAGGCUUCAGCUUCUCUACCUCACAGCGGGGAUGAAGACGGGUAGAAGGAAGGCGUGAUGACGGAAAUAAAACACAACAGAUGGACGGUCAGGGACGAGUACAAAGGGAAGAUGGAUGGAAACUUCACUUAGAAAGGGAGAAUUUUUCGAGUAUUUCUUUUAAUGAAAUGCAUACUUGAUUCAGUAUUAUGUGGUGUAGCUAUUAAUCUUUCAGCCUCGGCUCUUCAGGCUAAUGUUCCUUGUUAAGAAGUCAUUGGCAGGCAGAUCUUGUUUUGACAUGAGUAUUGAAAGUGAAUACUCAAGACAUUUUACCCUUCAAAGGAGUCAAUGUUUCAGUUCAGCUUAUUUUUGACAAUGAGAAAAAUCCAUAUAUGGUUUGCCACGACGUCUUUGUAAACUUGGAUCAUUUACUUCUGAGAAGUUUCAUUGUAAUUUACUCCAAAGUGAGCAGCCAGUUACAAGUUGGCAAUCGGUUGAUGUGCUUUAAUCUGGAGAGUUGGACGAGGAGAUCAGUUACAGAAGACGAUUGGGGCCACUGUAAAAACAGAGUACUGACUUUUCUUUUCUCAAUUCUGACUUUUUUACUCAAACCUGACUUUUAUCUCAGAACUAAAAACAGAGAAAACAUUUAUUUUAUUUAUUUAUUUUUGUUACAAUGGCCCCAGUCCCCUUCUGUAAUAUGUACAGCUCUCCUGUAUGUUAAAUAUGACGGUGGCCUUGCUAGCUGCCUGCUAGCUAGCAGCCAAUUAUCUUUGCUAAGCAUGAAGACUGGAAGCAGGGGAGCCUGCCUCUUCAAAGCUAAUGUAUUAUGAUGUCUUCAUUUGUGCGCAAACAGAAAUGUGACAUGGGGAAGUUGGGUUUCCAAGAGCCCACUGCACAUGGACGAAAAGUUCCAGUGCUUAAUUAUCCAAAAUGACAGAACCUCUGCAUUUGUGUACAAAUAAAAAAAAAAAAAGCUGAAAAAAAUUAGGAAGACAGGUUGCCAUACAUAAAUGUAAAUGUUUAUCUAAGAAAUCUUAUCUUUUGCUUCCAGUUGUCAUGCUAAGCUAAUUGCCAGCUGGCUUGUAUUUAACAUGGUGGUAUUUAUCUGAAGAUUCACACUGCAGAUAUCCGAGCAGCUGACCAAGACGACUUGACUUGGAAGCAUCAGUCCCUGAUUGGCCUGUUUGAUUGGCUGCCUCCUUGAAAGUGUUAUCACAUUUUACAAGCUGCUACCUGCUAACAAGGCUUUUAAUUUGUAGGAAUAUUGAGGAAACCUGAGGAAUUAGCUCUUUUGAUUAAUGGCGACACCAGUUUCUCUUUUUGGAACAAGUGCUUCUGAGUGUACUAAUGACCAUCCAGUCUGCUUCAGGUGGAGUGUGUGUACUCUGAAGUACAACAGCUAAAAGGGACCGGCACAGUUUUGUACUGUAGUGUUAAACAAUGUGACAUUUCUAUUUGCACUUGAUGUCACUCGCAGCUAUUUGCCUCCCUCCUUGUAAACAGUCAGUUCAGAUCAAUUUGUGGACCCAGAAUGGAGCGAAGUGAAAGCCACCCAUAAUAAUUCAAUGCAAAUGAAACUGAGUGCAGCCAUGUUUUACUGCUGUUCCAAUGCAUGAACAUUUUGUGCCAUGGCAAUUUAGAGGAAGGCAAUUACAGCUUGAAUUUCAGGUCCAACAAUGACUGGAAGCCAGCGCAGCCGACAAUAAAAGUUGACAGACCAAAUCUCCCUGUGUUAAUGGGAUGCAGAUGAAUCAUGUAAUCAGUGCAGUUCCAUCACAAGUCAGGACGUUGCUAAAUUCCUAAGAUGGAAUUGAAUUGGCACCCUUUUUAUGUACUCCUGCCCAUGGUGACCUCAAUGCAACAUCCGGAACAAUGGAUAGAACCAGUGAUAUAAACUAUCCGUACCGAAAAUGUAAAGAUGUACUUAAGUUUGAGCUCAGUUGCGUCAGAGCAGCCACAACAAGCUCCAGCUCCAGCUUUCUGAAGGGAAAUAAAAAAUAAAUGCUGCAGAAAUAAUUCAAAUCUACAGCUUGGCAAGGACACACUCUUAAUAUAUUUAUGUCUCCGUCGAUUGGUUUGCAAAGAGAAAAAUAAAGUAUUUUUGCAGCAAAA